UGGUAACUGUCAAAAAUUCUGGUUUUUUAAGUUGGUGUUUCCGCUCAGCCAUUGAUAAUUUCUUUCCAAUACACGUCUCUGAACUAGCAACAUGAGUUCCCUCAAGUUACAGAAGAGGCUUGCAGCCUCGGUAAUGCGAUGCGGCAAAAAGAAGGUUUGGUUGGAUCCAAAUGAAAUCAACGAAAUUGCCAACACCAACUCAAGACAAAACAUCCGUAAGCUCAUUAAAGAUGGUCUUAUCAUCAAGAAGCCCGUUGUUGUACACUCCAGAUAUCGUGUACGUAAAAACACUGAAGCUCGCCGCAAGGGUCGUCACUGUGGUUUCGGUAAACGAAAAGGUACAGCCAAUGCCCGUAUGCCCGUCAAAUAUUUAUGGAUGCAACGUCAACGAGUCCUGCGUCGUCUAUUGAAGAAAUACCGCGACAACAAAAAAAUUGAUCGUCACUUCUACCAUGAAUUGUACAUGAAGUGCAAGGGUAAUGUCUUCAAGAACAAGCGCGUACUCAUGGAGUACAUCCACAAGAAGAAGACAGAGAAGACACGUUCCAAGAUGUUGAGCGAUCAGAACGAAGCCCGUCGUCAAAAGACACGUGACGCCCGUAAGCGCAAGGAAGAGCGACUUGCAUUGAAGAAACAAGAAAUCCAAGCAAUUUAUGCCGAAGAGGAUAGUAAAUUGGCUGCCACAACUGGUCCAUCAAAAAAGUAACUUGAUUGAAUUGUGUUUACCGAUUUCAGCGGAAUAAAUAUCUAUUCAGUUAAGAACGA